AUGUUAAUUCCAUAUGAGCAGUAUACAAAGCAUUCACCAAACAGCGAAUCAGAAACUGCACAACCUCCCGACGCAAACGACGACUACUACGAUCCUCUGGAAAGCAUCAUCGAGACCCUGGACGUGCUCAAGAAUGAUUUUGCUACCCAAGAGUACUGCGACAUGAGAAGUCUUUCUGCCACCUUGACAGGAGGGUUGACAUGCAACGAAGGGGAGUUACGAGAGGUUAUCAAUGAGAAGAAUGCAACACAGCACUACUACGAUUUCUGUGCAUACCGCCACGCCAAGUCUCAAGAUACCAGAAACCCUGGGACAACACAGACUGACUCCUUGACUCCUUCCCUCUCUCAGGACCAUGAAAAAGGUGAUUACAAGCGGUACGCCACCGCAUACCUUGCCGAAAGCACCCGCUGCUUUCUAACUCGCGACGGGCGGCUGGGACUGGGACCGAGAAUCACUGAAGGCGGAGAUCAGAUUUGGCUUCCAAUGGGCGCCGACACGCCGUUCGUGCUGAGACCGCUUCACGAUGGAAAUUUCAAGAUUCUUGGACAGGCUUACUUGCAUGGCAUUAUGCAGGGAGAGGCAGUUGCGCAUUUGACUGAGGAUGAUUUCGAAGUCGUGAAGCUGGUUUGA